GCUGAAUUUGCGUAUUUGGUGGCAAAAAGCCCCUCCUUUUCUCUCUGAUAAAUUUCUCCAAGGAAUAGAGGGGAGUUGUGAAUUGUGAAAGAGAAGAGAAUGGAAUCGAGUCGAAGAGCGGUGGAAUCAUACUGGAGAUGGCGCUUGAUCGACUCAGCUACCUCCGAUGAAGACAAAGUCACACCUGUCUACAAACUCGAAGAAAUCUGCCAACUCCUACUCUCUUCCCACGCUACUAUCGUCAAGGAGCUCUCAGAAUUCAUCCUUAAACGCCUCGACCAUAAAAACCCCAUCGUCAAACACAAGGCUUUAAGAUUGAUCAAAUACGCGGUUGGAAAGUGUGGUGUGGAGUUUAGAAGGGAAAUGCAGAGACAUUCGGUGGCAAUACGUCAAUUGUUACACUACAAGGGUCCUUCGGAUCCUCUCAAAGGCGAUGCACUCAACAAGGCUGUGAGAGACACUGCUCAAGAGGCCAUCUCUGCUAUUUUUUCUGCAGAUGAUAACAAAAACCCACCUCCUUCAGCUCCUCCUGCUGCUUCUGAUCUCAAUAGACGGAUAGAAGGGUUUGGGAACACGAACUUCCAAGCGCCUUCUCAUGAUAAGAAAUCGUUUCUCAGUGAGGUGGUUGAUAUUGGAAGUGCAACCAUUAAGCAAGGGCUCAGUGCCUUCACACAGGGCCAUUCUUCUCUCAUCAAGAAUGAGGCUGGGACUGGAACCUACAAGGGCCCCAAUAAUCUUCAUGCCUCAUUUACAGCAGAAACAGAACGUGGCGACAGAUAUGAACCCGUUGCGUAUCGCGGUGGAAUGCAAGGUGCUUCUGGACUUUCAAGGAAUCAUUCUGGUGGCCCUUUGAAUCGGGAUACUAGUGUAACUAGGAUCGAAAUGUCGAUUGCGAAAAGUGAUGCUAGUUAUGCUGAGAGCAAGACACAAGAGGAUAGAUUGCUGGAGACAGUUGCAAGUUCUGGUGGUGUGCGCCUGCAGCCCACUCGAGAUGCCAUUCAAGUUUUCCUAAGAGAGGCUGCAAAGUUGGAUGCCAUGGCUUUAUGUCAUGCCAUUGAACGAAAGCUCCAGUCUCCGAUGUGGCAGGUUCGUGUGAAAGCCGUUUGUGUCCUUGAGUCCAUCGUCAGAAAGAAAGACGAUGACGAUCAUUUUUCACGUAUGGCGUCUUACUUUGCUGAAAAUAAUGAUCUGGUGUUGAGAUGUUCUGAAUCCCCCCAAGCAUCUUUGAGGGAAAAGGCAAACAAGGUUCGUGGUCUUUUAGGUGGAAACCAACUAAACAGUGCUAUUAACUCGGAGAAGGCUGUGAAAACGGAUAGUGCUGCCGUUGCUGAGUUACCUGACUUGAUAGACACUGGUGAUUUGAAUGACUAUCAUGGAACAGAUGAUACUACAAAGAGUAAGAAUGAUCAAAAUAUAGCACAUUUGACACCAUCCACACCUCCAGCUCUGGCUGAUGAUUUAUUUGGAAAUUUUAUGAACUCUGGAGUAGCUAGUAAUGAACUAAAAAAUGAUGAUGAUCCCUUUGCUGAUGUGUCAUUUCAUUCUAAUGACAACAAAGAGCCUGCAGAUAUCUUUUCAAGCAUGACUGCUGGUGAUGAUAAAUUGGGUCAUCAUGUGAGUCAUGGUCUGGGGAAUAGAACUGAACCUGAAAAUGAUGAUUUAUUGGCUGGCUUGUCCAUUGAUGAAAAUACCUCUAGUACUAAACAGAAAGUAACAUCUCCUGCCAUGCAAUCCGAAUCUUCAUUUUCUGGUUUAAACAAUCAUGUUAGCCAUCUGGGACCUGAAAAUGGUUUAGGUGGCAUGUUGGGCACACAAGCAGUUGGGUUCGAUGUAAAUUCCAUAUUUCCUUCUGGUCAUCCGCCUUGUACUGUACAGCCUGGCAUUAUGUUGAACCAGUCAUAUUCUUCUCAGCCACUUAAUUAUGGUGCCAUGGGAAAUCUCUUGGCUCAGCAGCAACUUCUAGCAACAAUGGCUAAUUUCCAGCACCUUAAUAAUGUCAACAAGAAUGAUGGUGGUACUGCUCAAAAUGCUGGAUCCAAUGGAAAAACACCUCUUCCGGACAUAUUCCAAUCAAAAUUUUCAACUCAAGCUCCUAGCUCAAUGAUCAACAGUUCAAAGAAGGAAGAAACUAAAGCAUUUGAUUUUAUAUCGGACCAUCUUGCUACUGCGUGCGAUUCAAGGAGAGUAAUUUGAAAUUUCAAUGUUUUGCUAUUGUGGAGAAAGACUUAUGGUGCUGUAUGAUGCCGUAGUGGAUUUCACACGAAUAGAUCAAACUGGUUUAUAAUUUCCAAUGAAAAAAGUUGAUUGAUUUCCUUUACCAUGAUGGAGCAUUGUCAAUGUUAUUUGAUUCGUCCAUGUCGUCAACGAAAUAUGAGCAAAAUUUUUGCACUUGGAAGAAGAAGAAAUGGUUACUACCGGUUCUCUUAUUUUGAAUGGAAAUGAGCAUUAGAAUGUUGAUAUUUUUUUUCCUUUAAUUCUUUUUGUACGUAGUUGAGAUUUUUUAUCUGUAUUCCAGGCACUAUCAGCAUUAUCAUAUGAGUGAAUUCGGCGUAAUGUCUUGCUUUUUCCUGCUGCAAUGUUUAUGAGUUCUGUUUGGCCCUUUCUUUA